AUUGCCUGCAGCUUUAGAGCGGGUAGACGAUAGUGGCGCUACAGCUGACUUAGCAAACCAACAGGAAAUGAAAAGUGGGACUCAACAACUUCCUGAGAAUGAUAUGGGUCCCCUAGCGGCUUCGGAUAAGUUAAUGGAUGGGUCACCCAGUGAAAACCUGAAGGAUGCAGAUGAGUUAUUACUAGAAGAUAUCCGUGAUCAGAUCCGAUAUAUCGAAAAAUCUGUAAUGACCAAAGAGAUAUAUUAUAUGACAAGGGUUGUGCGUGGCCUGUCUGGCGUUCGUCGACGACUCAAUUGUAAUGUUUUGAGAGGCUUAAUGCAAGGUUAUUUCCCAAAUCCUUCCCCACAAAAGACUUAUUUUUUGGAGUUUCUCCCUGAGGCAAUGGACACUGAUUGUCCGUUAUCGUCGUUCCGUCCUCGUGCUGGAAAGCUUAACACCCCAUUAAUACCUGAGGUAGAGGUAUACUUGCACCUCCUACUUGUAAUGUUUUUGAUUGAUGAAAACCACUUAGAAGAGGCAUGCAAAUGUUCCAACCUCCUAAUGGAUCGUUUAAGUGCCACUGGUCGACGCUCUAUGGCACUCCUUGCAAGUCGGUGUUAUUAUUAUCACAGUCGUAGCUACGAACUUGUUGGACGCUUGGAUUCUGUACGAUCAUUUUUCCAUGCUCGUUUAUCAACUGCUACUCUUAGAUCAAAUUUUGAUACUAAAGCUGUGCUAAUUAACUUGUUGUUGCGCAACUAUUUGCAUUAUCAAUUGCAUGAACAAGCACAUAAGCUUGUCUCACGUGUAGUAUUCCCGGAAAGUGCUCCAAAUAACGAAUGGGCUAGAUAUUUGUAUUAUUUAGGUAGAAUCAAGGCAAUACAAUUAGACUAUUCAUCAGCUCAUGAACAUCUGGUUUCUGCUUUGCGUAAAGCUCCUCAACACACAGCCAUUGGUUUUAAGCAAACCUUGCACAAAUUAAAUACAGUUGUAGAAUUAUUACUAGGUGAACAGCCAGAUCGUUCUAUAUUUCGUCAAACGACAUUUAAAGCUGCUCUACAACCAUAUUUUCAGCUGACUCAAGCAAUUCAUGCAGGAGAUUUAUCUCGAUUUAACGAUACCCUUCGAGUUCAUGGAGCUCAGUUUUCAGCUGACAAAAUGUAUACACUAAUUAUUCGAUUACGUCAUAAUGUCAUUAAAACCGGUGUUCGACGAAUAUCCUUAAGUUAUUCUAGAAUUUCUCUAGUAGAUAUCGCCAAAAAACUCCAAUUGGAUAGUGUCGAAGACGCAGAAUACAUAGUUGCAAAGACAACAAUAUAUCAUUAUAGUUCAUCGUAAAUGUCGGGUUUCAGCUGAGCCAUUCGUAAAUAUCGUAUCUACAAACUCAAGCAGUUUUUGGAUUCAAAUGAAAUAUGAAUUACUAUACUUAAUCAAACAAAGUUCUCACUAUCUAUUAUGAACCGAGCGAUUGAUCGCAGUAGGUAGGGAUGGGAAAAUGUUAUAACUUAUUGUUAUCAUCAUCAAUAUUACUAUUACGUGUUGCCACUAGAUCGUAAUUGUAAGUAGAUGGGUGUAAUAAUAUAGCACAGUAUUAAUAUAAAUCCUAGUGGAUACCACGACUUCACAUUAAAAAAAUGCUGCCAAGCGAUAGAAAUGAUGAGUAUGCAUGUCGGUGUCCUAAUAGUUGGUGACCAGAAAAGACAAUUAUAUUUGUCUACUUGGUUUGUUUAUUAUAUUUAUCACGUUUAAAAAAAGAAUUUUUGCUGAAUGCUUACUGAAUUUUGGGUAAUUUCCAAAAUUAUAGUCUUCAUACCUUGUCAGUUUUACGAUUCGUACUCAAUCAAUGUUAGGAUUUGUAUAUCCUUUCUCUUCCACACUUUUCGUGUAAUAGCCACUGAUUCAUACUUAUUUGUUACUUGAAGUUUUGUGAUACUGUCUGAGUAUUCAGUACAGAAGAGGAGGUUGAUUCAAAUUUGUAAUCUACUCGGUAGAUUCGGUCGGGUGAUGUAAACACUGGAUCACCUCUUCAAAAUUUAAAAAUUUGGGUGAAUCUUGGUCCUCAAGAAUAGGAUAAAUAAAAUAUUUGGUGAAACUUUUAUGCACUAGCUAAACUACCUCACAACUCGUACUCCAAAAAGGUUAAAAAGACUCAUUCAACCGUCUCCCCUGGCUGCCAACUAAGUUGAGAAGUUCCGUUUUUGCAUAAAAGGCUUUUUAAUUGAAAUUCCAGGAGAAUUUCUUUUUAUAUAAUAAAGUACCAUAUUUACGUACAAAAUAUUGACACAACGUAAACAUGUCAUAGGCGGUUGGAAGGAAUAAGUUUGUAGGUCAUUCACUCCCCCAAUCAGUUAAGAUCUGAAUGCUGACUUUCGUAGUAUCAGUUAAAUUGAUGUGGUUUUUCCACUAUAAUAUCCCGUUGUAUUAAUUGUUUAACAAUUUUUCGUUUGACAUCUUCAACUCGUAAUCACGGAGCGUGAUUAAUUCGAUUGCGACUUAACUUCCCGUGGUUUUUAUUAAGUAAAUCUUCUUUGUAAGGUUUAUACUUUGUCAUAGCAGAGCUAGGAUAGAAGGAAGUUGUAGUAUUGAAGUGUAGUUAAGAGCUGUCGCCGUUAACACAGUCAUAUAAAAAACUCGAUACCUUCCACCAUAAGACAUGUGGAUAUAUGUAAUGCAUCAAAUGUAUAAUUAUGUCAAAUAUGUAGUCUUCUCCAUUUUGAAAGUUCGGGUUUUUAUUAGAUUUAUAAGUUUAAAUCACUGCACAUUCGUUUGAAUAAAACAAAACCUCGAAGGAAUUCACAUUCGUUAUCCAUUUUAUACAUUCGACGUCACUUUAUUAAUUAUAUCGGAAUAUAAUGAAUUGGAAAAAUAUUUGUCCCCUAUAGUUUCAUCUUCCGAAUCUUUUCCUGGUGGAUGUACAAUAGCUAAUGACCAAAUAAAUACUAUUCUUUUGGGAGAUGUACCACAGUUUGAUAUAUUUUUUACACGCGAAUUAUGUUGGCGACUUUCAUUUCAGUACAAUGUCAGAUAUUAACCCGCUCGUUAAAUGACUUCAUUUCAAUGAAUCUGAUUUAAACUUGAUCAUUGACUUAUCUUGUCAGUUUGUGAAUAGAAGACGUCAAGCUGACAUAUACCAUUAUUUUUUUAUAUUCCACAAGAAAAAAUCCUUAAGAGAUCUAUAACAGUGACUGGUGACUGGAAUAUUUUGACUUUCUCACUGAUUUAUUUCUUCUUUAUGCUUCUUUUCUACAAUAAUAAUAAUUAUUACCACUAUGAUUAUUGUUGAUAUAACGGAUGUUUAAAUUAUUUAUCUCAAGAAUCACAUUAUAUCAGAACUAGGACUCACUACUCAGAAUAGAGGACCAUAGUAACACUGAAGAAUAUUUUAUUCAAUACAAUUACAAUUAGUCACUCUCGCUGAGUCCAGAGUAGAAAUCAAUGUCAGGAAGGGAAAUCACAUAUUUAAUAGUCAGUAGUCUGUGUCUGUUUAUCCGCAAUCAAUGAUCGGCCAUAUUUUACUUCCACUACCACACUUCACUUAUUAUCAUGGUUAUUACAAUCAACUGUCUCAAUCAAUCUUGUUUCUUUUUUCAAAACAAAAUUAUUCCGAUAGGCUAUUCAUGAUGGUGUGAUUGAUGCUAUAAUUAAUCAUAAAGAAGGUCAUGUAACUACAAAUGAAACGUUAGAUUUAUAUUCAACACGUGAACCUUUUAAUCAGUUUCACCAACGUAUUAAAUUUUGCCUCAGCAUACAUAAUCAAGCGGUCAAAGCAAUGCGUUAUCCUCCCAAACAAUACUCUAAAGAUAUUGAAUCUGCUGAAGUAAGUUAUAAUAAUAAUAAUAA